AUGUAUCCAUUUGUGGCCCCCUCGUACCUCGCUGGGUGGGCUAGCCUUUUGGGCCAUGCCAAUAGCCUAGACUCCUUCUCUGCGGUGAAUAAAUAUAUUCUGCCAGAGUAUUGUGUCUUCUUUCUUUCCGCUGCAUUGGUGGCAGCGGAAAGCGGACCCGAUCUUAAAGGACAUGUAUCCUGA